UGAGAACUGAUGUGUAUCGGGAAUUAUUUCAGCCCACGGCGUGAAAGAAGAUGGACACACUACAUAAACUAAAACAAUUUGAUGCUUAUCCGAAAACUCUUGAGGAUUUCCGAAUUAAAACAUGCAGCGGAGCUACGGUCACCAUCAUAAGUGGUCUCAUCAUGUUGAUCCUGUUCUUCUCAGAGUUGCAGUAUUAUCUCACUAAGGAGGUCCAUCCUGAAUUGUUUGUGGACACAUCACGAGGAGACAAACUGAAAAUCAACAUUAAUGUGAUAUUUCCUAACAUGCCGUGUGCCUAUCUCAGCAUUGAUGCCAUGGAUGUUGCUGGAGAGCAGCAGUUGGAUGUGGAACACAACCUGUUCAAGCAAAGGCUCGACAAGGAUGGCAAUCCUGUCACUACAGAGGCAGAGAAGCAUGAUUUGGGACAAGAGGAAGGUGAACCUUUUGACCCUAGUAAGCUAGAUCCUGAGCGGUGUGAAAGCUGCUAUGGAGCAGAGACAGAGGAUUUGAAGUGCUGUAACACCUGCGAUGACGUACGGGAAGCCUAUCGCAGGCGGGGCUGGGCCUUCAAGAACCCUGACACCAUCGAGCAGUGCAAGAGGGAGGGCUUCAGCCAGAAGAUGCAGGAGCAGAAGAACGAGGGUUGCCAGAUCUAUGGCUUUCUUGAGGUCAACAAGGUGGCAGGAAAUUUCCACUUUGCACCUGGAAAGAGUUUCCAGCAGUCCCAUGUUCAUGUGCACGCUGUGGAAAUUCAUGAUCUGCAGAGCUUUGGACUAGACAAUAUCAACAUGACUCACUUGAUCAAGCAUCUAUCCUUUGGGAGGGACUACCCUGGUAUCGUCAAUCCUUUGGAUGGCACCGACGUUGCAGCACCACAAGCUUCCAUGAUGUAUCAGUACUUUGUGAAGAUUGUCCCAACCAUCUACGUGAAAUGGGAUGGAGAGGUGGUUAAAACAAACCAAUUCUCUGUAACGCGACAUGAGAAAGUAGCCAAUGGGCUGAUCGGAGACCAGGGCCUACCUGGUGUGUUUGUAUUAUAUGAACUCUCCCCUAUGAUGGUCAAAUUCACAGAGAAACAGCGAUCAUUCACUCAUUUUCUUACAGGAGUGUGUGCCAUCGUAGGAGGUGUAUUUACAGUGGCUGGACUAAUUGAUUCGUUGAUAUACCACUCGGCAAAAGCCAUCCAGAAGAAGAUUGAACUGGGCAAGGCAUCUUAGUGGAGUGUUUUGCACAAGAGCAAACCAGACUGUUCAUCAUUCUCUGGAAGGGCCUAUCUGUAAAAGGGAAGUGACUACAAACUGAUGCUAACUAACAUGGCAAUAAACAAAAAUCUGAAUAAUC